GCCAUUAGACUUUUGGGCGGAUCUCGGCCGUGGCCUUGGCAACCCGAAAAAUACUAUAUCAACAGAUCCUAUCGAGUCGAUUUGGGAGGGAAGAUCCAAUAACACACAAUCAUCCUGAUCAGUCAGACCGAUCGUGUAGGCCCUCUAGUGACCAUGGCUAUCGACCAAGGGCUUCUCACUGUCGACGGGACGAAGCAUUCUGCGAAUGGCUCUAUUGGGACGAAUGGGACCGAGGACGACGUCAUUGGCGGUGAUGGCAUGUACUUUUUGACGGAAUCGGCGAAGACCUCUUCAGAGGAUGGCAUCCGAGCUCUGUGGAAGUAUGAAAAGCCAGGCGUUGUGUCAUUCGUAGGUUGCCUGGCUGGAAGGCCCAAUUCUGAUUCGUUCCCCUUCGAAUCCAUCACCUUGAAUCUCAAGCCGCCUCUCGGGUCCACCUCGACCUCCACCCAGAACCUCUCGUUGAAUGGGGCUGAUCUCGCUGAUGCGCUACAAUACGGCCCAAGUGGAGGCUUGCCCAAGCUUCGAUCCUUGCUUUACCAACUUCAACAGGAGGUUCACCAUCGAGAGGAUGACGGCACUUGGGGAACGACCGUCGGCGCAGGCUGUCAGAAUCUCUUGAACGCUGCAGUUGAUGCCUUGAUGAAUGAAGGAGACUCGAUCCUCAUCGAGACCCCUGUAUACCCUGGAAUCUUGGCCCCAUUACGAAAGAAGAACGCAGAGAUGAUCGAGGUCGACGUUGAUGAAGGUGGACUAUCUCCCGCUGCUUUGGAGCAAGUCAUGUCCAGCUUGACGCCUGAUCAGAAACGUCCCAAACUGCUUUAUGUCAACCCUAUUGGCUGUAAUCCAUCUGGUUGCUCGCAUAGCCUGGAGAGACGCCUGGAAGUCCUUAAGCUGUGUAAGAAGUAUGGCCUCUUGAUCCUCGAAGAUGACCCAUAUUACUAUCUCGCCGAGACCACCAUCCCAAGCUACUUCGAAUUGGAAAAGCGAGUCUUUCCUCAAGGUGGUAGAGUCGUCCGGUUCGACUCUUUCUCGAAACUGCUGUCAGCAGGCUUGCGCCUGGGCUUCGCGACCGGGCCCGGUAACAUCCUCCGAGCCAUUGAUACAAUCAACUCGGGCACCAUUCUUCACGCCAGUACAGUAUCUCAAGGCAUUACGUACUGCCUCUUGGAGCAUUGGGGCCUGGAUGGUUUUCGUAAUCACGCACAUCACGUCGCUGAACUCUACGCAAGGAGACGAGAAACGUUCGAAACGAUCGUCAAGAAACACCUUUCAGGGCUAGCUACUUGGGUCUCGCCCGUCGCUGGCAUGUUUCUCUGGAUGGAUCUCUCCCCGUCGGGCAUUGAAGACAGUUUCGACUUUGUCUUGAAUGCAGCAAAGGUACAUGGCGUCCUAGGCGUCCCCGGUGCCUCAUUCUACCCCAACAAGCGGAUCUCUAGCUACAUGCGUCUCAGUUUCUCCGUCAUUGACCUGGACACAGAUGCCGAGGAAGGCAUUGCCAGGUUCGCAGCUGCCAUCAAGGACAAGCAGAAGGAACUUGGCAUCAAAGUAGCGCCGUGAGACGCUUUGCAACACUCAAGCUGUAUCAUAGAGAGGGGAGAUAUUGAGCUGGCAUGCGCCAACCUAUGCGAUUUCCCAGAUGCGUGCAUGGCGGAGAAGGGAGAAGACUUGUGUAUCAUCACAUUUCACGCUUCGAAUGGAUUCGUCGGCGGAUAGCGACGCUAGAUGCUUAUAGACUAUCGGAUUCGACUCUGUAUACUACCCACAGGAUACAUCAUAAGCAUAACCGACGUACUAGAAUGCAGCA